AUGUCUGAUAAAUCACAGCGAACACCACCACCAGACUCGCUUCUGGCACAAUUUACGAAAUCAACCACUGCUGGAUAUCAACCCCAACCACAAGUGACAGCAUCGACAUAUUCACAAAAUACUCAAAAACCAACAACAACAACAACAACAACAACAACAUCGAAUCAAAUAGCCACCAAACUUUCAAAUACAUUUCAACCAUUGGCAUCACAGCUCAUUGAUUUAAAAACAUUUAAAGGUUUCAAAUUCGUUACACUCGAUGGUUUAGUCAUAGAGACGCGUGAUAUUUAUGAUAAAAUAAGUGGUACAUAUCAAUGGGAAAUGUGUGAAAGUCAAGAAGAUCGAUGCAUCGAUUUUAUUCGUGAUAAAUGUGCUAAUAAACGAACAUUUUUCAUUUGUUCUGGUGGCCUGGGAAAAAAUAUUGUACCUAAAAUUCAUGAGCUACCACAAGUUUAUGCAAUUUAUAUCUAUUGUGCUGAUGUUAUAUUUCAUCAAGAAUGGGCAAGUAAAUUUCCAAAAAUUCGUGUUGUUUGUAAUGAUGAUGACAAAGUUUUACUGCCUCAACUUGCUGUCGAUGUGGCACAAGCUAAUGUUGAUUGGGGAAAUGCACUUGUCAAAGAAGGUAAUCGUAUUGCAGCUAAAGGAAAAUUUGAAAAAGCAUUAACAAAUUUAACUGAAUAUGCUAAAAAGCCUGAUCAAAAUAUGAUUCAUCAAGUCAUUCGUAAAUUGGAAGAAUUAAAAUAA